UUGACUUGUGUUUCACCAAGCUUUCCACCAUUCUUCUCUCCUGUUUUUUUCCUGAACUGCCUGUUUUGACACUGCUUGCCUGCUUUCUGGACUUUGGAUUCCCUGCCUGCCCCUUGUUGGACUUGUUUGCCUGAGUGACUGAUCUCCUGAAUUUGACCUUGCCAGUUGACUAAGUACACUGUACUCUCUUUGCAACUUUGUCUGUGUCCUUGUUGUGCUUUUGAGUUCAAACUUGCCAGUACCAAAAAUGAACAAAAAUGCCAAAAUGAACCCAGCUGACUCUGGCUCACUCCAGGAGGAGCUGUUGGCACAGGCCAGUGCCAUACAGCGUCACAACCAGCAACUUACUUCCAUGGCGGGGAGACUGCAGGAGAUGGUGGCUCGCCAUGAGAGAGGUAUAAGAAGCAUCUAGAAACACCUCCAGAGACUCUCCAUUUCAGAUCAUGGACUGGCUAUUGCUCUGGCUCCCAGCACUCCAGUCUGAUCUUCUCCAGCUUCGGAUGCAUGCUUACCUCCACCAGAAUGUUGUUCUGGUGCUUCUGGUUCCUAAUGGCUAUUCCUCGUGCAGUGUUCACUUGCCUUUGAGCUGCAGCCUUCAGGCUUUCCUGCAGAGAGAUCCCGGGUGGCCGAGCCAAAGACUGGGGAACUGACGAAUGGUAGAAGCAAUCCUCCAUCUACUCGUUGGUCAAGUUGUUCUCGGCUGAUCUAUGGAAGGUCUUUGAUCACAUUACUUCUGGGAGGGGGGCAGCUUGAUGUUUGUUCAACAUGACACAGGGAGGAAGGUCCAUGUCCAACUACUCCAUUGAGUUUUGUACCAUGGCAGCAGAGAGCAACUGGAACACUCCUUCACUCUUUGACAGCUUCUACAAUGGACUCUCCGACUGCGGACCUUGAUGCAAUUGCAGACCUUGAUGUGCUUGUCAUGCUCGGCCUCUGUAUUGAUGGCUGUCUUCGGGAACAUAAGCGAACAUAAGAGAGUCCUGUCAGCUGUUCCACAGGCUCCGCUGUUCUGGAGAGACCCACAUGGUCACCAACGCCAACCUGUUGGAUAUGACUUUUGCCUCUCAGCUUGGGAUCGGUCAGGAGGCUCUGGUGAAGCCCAUCGACCCCACUGCACUCAAUGGCCGUCACCUUUGGCAGGUCACCCAUUGAUCAACUCCUCUCCAACUGGGCAUGUCAGUCUGCCUGUUCCCUCUGAGUUUCCAGAUCUUUCCGGAAUUCACAAUGAGUACCUGGACCUCAAGGAUGUAUUCAACAAGGCCCGGGCCACCUUAUUGCCACUGCAUUGCCUGUAUGACUGUGCUGUUGACCUCCUCCCAGGCAUUGCUUCUCCUAAAGGUCAGCUCUUCUCCUUGUCUGCUCCUGAAACCAAGACUAUGGAGAAUAUUUAUGAUUCCCUGGCAGCACGGGUCAUUUACGGAUCAGAGUGGGGGCAGUGCUCUCUCAGUGGCCUGCUGAGGAUCAGAAGGUUUACCUGUGUGCCUUCUUCUCCUGGAAGAUGUCCCUUGGAAAUGUUGGUGAAGAAGCUUGCACUGGAGGAGUGGAGGCACUGGUUGGAGGGGGUGGAGCAGCCAUUUGUGGUCUGGAUGGAUCACAAAAAUCUGGAGUACAUCCAUUCAGCUAAAUGGCUGAAUUCAUGUCAGGCCAGGUGUGCCCUCUUCUUUAACUGUUUAACUCUCUUACCAACCAUGCUCUAACAAUGUCAAACCCAAUGCCUUGUCCCAUCAGUUCCAACAAGAAAGCACUCCUCCACAACUUGAAGGUAUUCUUCUUCUGACAUGCAUCAUCAGUGCGAUGACUUGGGAGGUUGAGGACAAGGUAAAAUGCUCCCAUGCUAAGCACCCUGCCCCCAGUGCCUGUCCUAAUGACCACCUGUUUGUCACUGCCAGUCUCCACUCUCAAGUUCUCCAGGGUUGCUCCUGGGGUCACUCCUCCCGCCUGGCUUGUCACCCCAGGGUGAGACACACCUUGGCACUGCUGUGACAAUGCUUCUGGUGGUCCUCUAUGGAGGAGGACACCAAGGGAUUCAUCGCCACCUGCCAGAACUGUUGUCAACAUAAGCUUUCUUCAUCCCCUUCUGGUUCCUUGUCACCCCUAGUCUCACGUCUAUUUGGACUUCGUCACUGGCCUGCCUCUUCUGCUGGUAACACUGUUAUCCUCACGAUUGUGGAUCGAUUUUCUAAGACUGCCCAGUUGAUUCCAUUACCCACUGCCAGAAAAAAUGCUGAAAUUAUAUUGCAACAUGAUUUCUGCCUGCAUGGCUUCCCCAGUGACAGGGAGCUGACUUCACAGGACAGUUACUGUCACGCAUCCCACUAACUCUUAGUUAUUUUCAUCCGGUUUUUGGUCUCAUGCCAGGUCACCAACUCUCAUAUCAUUUCAGAUCCUGCCACUCCCUCUUGCCAUGCAAUCACCUCAUUCCCUUCACCUGUUUUCCCUGCCCAUCUUCUCACCUGCAGCUCAUUCCCUCGUAGUCACUCAGCAUACAUACUAGUCCACUUCCCUUUGUUUUCCGCCAGAUUGACUUGUGUGUUUUGCCAAGCUUUCCAGCAUCUUUCAUUCUUAUUUUUUCCUGACCUGCCUGUUUCGACUCUGCUUGCCUGCUUUCUGGACCUUGGAUUGCGUGCCUGCCCCUUGUCAGAUUGGUGUGCCUGAGUGACUCAUCUCCUGGUUUUGACCCUGCCUGUUGACUAGUCCUGACAGAACCAUUCUCAAUAAAGCGUUUAUAAAUAAAACCACCCGGUGCAAACACGUUCAACAACUGAGCUCAGACGCCAUGCACUCCAGCACGGAGAGGAGAGUGGAAGAGGAGAGAGACAGAGAGGGAGAGGAGGUGGGGGGGCGUAGGAGGUGAAACGAGGGGAUUAGGAGAGGGUUAUUAAUUGGAAUCCUUCCCCUUUAAGAGUGAUUGGCAAGUGUUUGCUGGUCAAGUAAUUGUAUUAAAUGUCAAUUCCAUUCACUGCCACAGGAGGAGGCCCAGGCUAAUGAAGCCCGGACAAGACUUUCUUUCAUAAAUUCAUUGUUUUAAAGACAAAAGACCCACUGAAAGUUUUCACUAAGUACACCCAGCCCCCAUUAUGUGGAACUUCAUGAAAGAAGGAAACUCUGAGAUUACAUGAGGUAAAAUUUAAUACAGCAACAGAAUAUCUUCUUAAAACAAGCUGACAGUGAUAUUAGAACUUCUGAUUCAUAAGGACACUAAUAUUGCACCAAAACAAUAAGGUAUUAUUUCAUUUAAAACCUUAAAAAGCAUUGUUAUUUGAGACCGUCUCUUUCUAAAAUUGAAAGCUUUCUGUGACACUAUUUUGGUUUAAUCCCCCGUGUAAUCUGUCAUACUGGCACAAAAACAAAUAAUGUUAUUUUUUUUAAAAGCAGUAUAUGUCCUGCUGCUACAAAUGUUUAUUAUAAACUGGUAUUCAGUAUUUAAACACAUGAAUGUAAAAUGCAUUAUUUAAAAUGCCUGACUUGAUCAUUUAAAAAAAUAUAACAUUAAUCUUGAAUUGUAUAUGUUAUUGUAGCUUUUUUAGAUACAUUACAGUAAACUAUAAUGACUCCUAGACAGGAAAUUGUUAUAAAUAUUUCUACUUGUUGUUGUUUUUAAAGAAAUGUACAAUAAGACCUGCUUGUUUAAAUUUGU